CCUCUAUAUAUUAGCUCUCGUGCAAGUGCAGCUUCUACUUCCGCCCGCCCCAGCCACCAAAGCUCUAUACUAUACAACGAAUUAACUCUUGCGCGCGCACAGAACUCUUACUCGAUAACGGCGUCGGCAGCCAGGUCGCGAGGCAGCACAACCAUGCAGGCGCAGUCCCGUCUCAUCAUGAACCCCAACGUCGGCGUCGCCGGCUACGACGACUCCGCGGCGGCCGACGAGCAGCACAAGGCGGUGCUGAGGGAGCUGACGCACGGGCACGAGCUGACGGCGCACCUGCAGGCGGAGGCGCUGCGGGCGCUGCGCGGGCAGGGCCAGGCCGAGGCCACCGCCGCAUUGAUCCUGCAGGAGGUGUCCCGCGCCUUCUCCGUCUGCAUCUCCAUCAUGGGCGGCUCCGCCCCGGCCGCGCCGCCGCCCGACGCGACCCCCGUCGUUGCCACCGGCGCCGCGAGCGCGCGCCGUCCUAGAGACGACGGCGUCCCGAGAAAGGUAACAGUGACUUCCUCGCCAUACUCCGACGGGUACCAGUGGAGGAAGUACGGCCAGAAGAGGAUCAUGAGGACGAGCUUCCCAAGGUGCUACUACCGAUGCUGCUACCAUCGCGAGCGCAGCUGCCCGGCGACGAAGCUGGUGCAGCAGCAGCAGCCGCACGGCGACGGCGACCAGACCAUGUACAACGUCAUCUACGUCCACGAGCACACGUGCGACCACGCUGCUCCGGCCGAGCCGGCGGCGCGCGGCUCCGCGCCCGCCCCGCUCGGCUUCGCCGCCGGGCAGCAGCGGGGCGGCGUCGGCCUGGACCGCGGCUCCAUGGAGGAGCUCGAGCGGCAGGCGCUCGUGUCGUCCCUCGCCUGCGUGCUUCAGGGCCGCCACCAGAGCUACUCCGGGUCCGGGGCCGGCACGCCGGACGGAUCGCCCUCGCAGGGCCGCGCCGGCGACGUGGGGCUGGAUGUCAUGGACUACGACAUGACGGGCACGCUGUACUUCGCGGCGUCCUCAUCGUAUGGGCCGGGCGGCGACGGCAUGAUUCCUUGAGGUGGGGGGAGCGCGUGUGAUGGAUCGUGUCGAUGAGAUGUAGAUUGAGGUUCAGAGAGUCUGCAUGAGAAGCGCGAGCGCAGCAGUUUUUUCGCGGGUGCUUACAAGGACGGCACACCGCUUGUCAGCCUACUUAUUUUUUUUGUCGGCCUUCUACUUAAUUAUAGUAGUAGUAGCUAUGUUUGAUGUACGUGCGUGUACGUACAGGCCAUAUACAGGUCACACUGUCCGUCCCUAUAUAUAUUAAUAUAUACGGUAUUGUAAGAUCUAAUAUGUGCAACUAAAUCGUAUUACAGUGUGCGAAUCUCCAGUCAAUUUUGAUCAAGCUGGAGCUUUCAACCUGAUGAUUUCCCCA